AUGCUGCUACCUCUAGCUCUCGAAAGAAGAAGAUAUCAAUCAUAUUAUCGCUUGGCGAGCUGUUGGUUGUUCGAGAAAGACCUGUGUCGAAGGACUUGCUCAGUGUACAGCCGAUGUUCUGGACCGAGAACCUUUCAAUGCAGUCGCACUGCAGGGGAUUGACACCCUGCAAUACGGUUACCGGUGCACGGCAUACUGAUCAGUGAGUUUAGUUCAAUCGGCACCGCGCAGUAAUGUUUCCGAUGAUGAAAUAAUUGUAGGCGAUUGGCUGUUGCCAGAGUUGACAGUGCCCUGAUCUGGACCAAGAUAUGAACGGUAUCGAGAUACGAAGAAGAACAGAGAAUUGUUGUCGAUGCUUGAUCAGAUGGCUUCCGGAGAAAUAGCGUCUGUCCCACGUGUCGAAGUACAGAAUAUCAAGGUGGAGGAGAUUGACGAUGACAGCCAUACAGAUACUUUGCUUCUAGAACCGACUAACAAGUACAUUCUUGACAAAGUGCUCGAGGAACAUACACAUGAAGCAGAUGUGAAGGAGCUGGGCAAUUUCAUCAUUGAUGAAUGCAUAGCAUCAGAGUCAUCUUCACCUGGAGACUGCGCUGAUUCAUCAUCCCUCCCUGAGCAAACGGUAAACACACCGGGCAACCCUGAGCAAGAUGUGGAGACCAUAUCCAAUGAGACGUCCCAGCAUGGCCGAGUGGAUCUACCGGCAUUCGGAAGUAGCUUAUUCCAGUUGAUUGAGGAACUAAAGUACUUCAGGACUGUGUACAGAGAUUCGGAAAAUCGACUGGUGCAGAUGAGAGCGGAAAAGCAGGAGCUAAAGAAACAAUUGGAGGAUACCACCGGUCAGUUGAAGGCGGUCACUGCACGUCAGGAAGGAAGAGAUAAAGAAACACGCAGGCAGAAUGAUGAGCAAGUUCAAGCCGUGGAAGCUGACAAGGAAAAGAUCGCAUCACAAUGCCACUACCUUGAGCGGCAGCUGGAGGCAACGAAGGAGGAGCUGCGAACAACACAGCUGUCAAACUAUGGACUUGAAAAGAAGCUCAGUGACCAGGCCUUUCAAGUCCAGCAGGACCAAGCAGCAAACAACACUAUCCUGUCAAGAGUGGCCGCUUUAGAACAGAAAGCGAGCAACAUGGUCAAACAGGCUCAAGAUGCAUCUAUGCUGCUUGACCAGCUGAAAGACAAUAUGCAAAUUGUGGAGAAGAGACAAGAGCAGUUGAUGUUAGUCAAUGAGCAAGAGAGAACUCGCCUUGGCAAAGCGCAACAGGACUUGGCCAACGCUACUCAAGACAUGGCAGCCUUGCGUUCCGAGUUCGCGGUGGCUUCCAGUGACACUGCAGCGUCAGCUCUUGAAAUGGGAAAGCUAACCGGACAAUAUCAAAAGGAAAUGGCCUUGAGGAAGCAACUUGUGGAGCAACUAGAACAGAGUCAACUGGAAAGCAAGCGGUUGAUUGGAUUGCUGUCUGAAAGUCACACGCUGGUCGAGCGACAUCAAGAAAAGGCCGAUAAGGAGCGGAGUUCAUCGGAGGAGGCGCUUGACAAGCUACACACAUCCAAUGCCUCUAUCGCAGAGUUAGAACAUCUUCAAGCAGUGGCUCAAGAACAUGAACAAGAACUAAAGGACAAGAUUCUUGACCUGGAGUCAGCAAAGUUGGAACUGCAGUCGAGACUGGAUUCAGAACACAAUAGAUGUGAUGACUUGCAACAAACAUGCAGCAACCUGGAGUCAUCAUGUCGAAUGGCCAAGGAAAUGGAAAAGAGGCUCAUGGAUCAGAUAAAGGCACUAGAAGAGCAUACAGAGACUUUGAAAGAGGAGUGUGCCAGGCAUGUGACAGCCAGUGACCAAUCAAAGCUGCUGCAGCUCUCUGAUGAAUCACCUACACAUAGAUUGGUUCAUACGGACCAGAGUGCAUCUACUAAUGUGGAUAGCACAGAUCACAACAUGGCAACAACAGCAAUUCCCAGCAAGCCAUCACAUCAGCCGUCGAAUACUACAGACAUAGUAGAAAGCGUCUUGGAAAUGCCAGGAAAUGCCACAAACACAAGUGUGCUAUGUGGAAGCAAUGAUGCAGCUCAAGAAGUUCAGGCAGAGGAGUUGCCUAUGGAUACCGGUUUGAUAGCCACCAGCCUGAAAAUGGCCAACGAAGAGUUAGACAUGGCAAAUCUUCAGCACACAGCACCGUCAGAAUCCGGCUGCACGCUUCGCUCAGGAUUCAAUGACGCGCAUGCAGAAGCCGCUGCAAACUCUUCACCAGUGCAGCAGCUCAUCACACGAGAGAUAUUCAUGGCAUCACCGAGCCUGUCGGAAUCAUCUCAGGAAGUGGAAGGUCCUCGAAUAUGCAAACCAAAGCAAUGUGGAUCCGUUCAAUCUCCUCUACAAACUUGCACACGGCAGCAGCAGCGGGAAGCUGUGGGUGCACCACUAGAUGCAUUGGCACAGCGAGCUCCUUGUCAGGUUGGUUCGCAGCAGGAGCAGCAGCAGCAGCAGCAAAAGAAACAGGAGCAGCACCACCAGCAGCAGGAAGAAGAGCAGCAGGUGCCAAUUACCUGUACGAAGCAUGACGAUGCCGCUCAACACAUUCCCUCAAAAGCCACAGUAGAAAUGACAGCAAGCUCCAUGAUGAUGUUAGGCUCCAAAGAAUCAUUGUCAAAUGUGGACAUGUCAGCCAACACAGGAUUAGGAGAAAAGCAGCACAGGGACAAGAGCCACAGCUACACAGCCACUGAGUCGAGCAAUGCUAGCGAAACAGUAGCUGAUGGCCGCAGUACAAGGACAGAGUCCACUGGGAAUCCCAAGGCUGACAUUGAUCAUACUAGAUGCGCAGGCAACGCCGUUGAAGAUGACAAUCCAGACAAACAACUGCUGAGUACAGUAGAUAAUCAGGCAGAUCCGAUCAAGCCUGCCCAAAAACGACUCUGCAUUGGGGUGGCUCACAUUGGGUCGAAAGAGUGGGGGAAGGGCACUAGUUGUAGUGCAGCUGCAGAAGAGGAUAGGCGUCAACCAGGCUUUACCAGAGAUAAGCUACUCAACGAAGCUGUCUCUGCCCCAGUUCUACUAGCACCUCAACCAAUUGGAUCGAUUUCCCCAGCACCCUCGCAGUCUGCUCCUAUUCCACCCACACCUCCAACAUCACCUUCACCAGAGAAUGUUACUGAACUGUGUGGUCAGACCCAUCUCGCCUCAAUCAGUGACGCAACACCACAGCCAGCAGCAGUGGAUGGAACUAGUAGCCUGCUGGCUAGUUUUUCAGAUGACAGUCAGGAUGAGCAGGUGGACAAUGCCAGUGUGUCACACUGUCUUAAGCUGCUCAUGAGCAGGGCUCCUGCAAAGCGUUUGCUGAAGCGCAAACACAACACUGCUGCAGAACACGAACCCUGAUCAUCUGAUGCAGAGAAGUGGUUCCCCUAGUACCCCCAUCUCACUAUGCAAUCAAACGUCAGUGCCAUCAGUGUGACCUGUACACACAUGGAAUCUCAAAAUUCAGUGACAUUUCAUUUCAAUGGUCAGCUGAGAAGCUGCGUGUUUUUCAGUUCUUGUUCAUCUGCAAUCCUAUCAUAGAUAGCUUGUUAUACAUUCAGCACCAUAAGUGAUAUAUUCUCUUUCAAGCCAACAGUGUGAUCUGUCAGUCAAUUGGCUCUAUGGUGAUCAUUUUGCAGCAAAGUCGCAGUAGUGAUGGCAAUUAUUUGCCUGGAGAAGGCAGAACAAGAAUUGCCUUUGCUUGUGGUUAAAAGUAAAAUAAAACAACAACAACAACAACAACAACAACAACAACAACAACAUUAUCUCUGAUUGGCCACUCAGGGCUAUUGUGAGAAUAAAGAUUUGAAACAACAACAACAACAACAACAACAACAACAACAACAACAACAACAACAACAUUAUCUCUGAUUGGCCACUCAGGGCUAUUGUGAGAAUAAAGAUUUGAAACAACAACAACAACAACAACAACAACAACAACAUUAUCUCUGAUUGGCCACUCAGGGCUAUUGUGAGAAUAAAGAUUUGAAACAACAACAACAACAACAACAACAACAACAACAACAUUAUCUCUUAUUGGCCACUGGCUAUCGUGAGAAUAACGAUUUGAAACAACAACAACAACAACACUAUGCUUAUCGCCCGGUGCAUGCUAAGUCGGUUACCACAGUACUUUGCCAUGUGCGUAAGCGGGAUACAUGUAUGUACUGCAUCGUUGCGCUGUCCACCUAGCAGAUAUACCUGGUGGUUGCAGCCGGAGAAGUGCCGAUAGUUAAUCUCACCGCAUUCAAGUUUCACUUUAUUCCAAACACGUGUUACUAGUUUUACCCUUGGACAGCAGAGGGAUACAGGAUACGGGGUACGAGAGAAAGGUACGGGUUCCGGAUACAGGGAUACUGUGGAGCGAAAAGUGAGUUCACCAUAGGGAGUUGAGAAUUUUGGACUUAGAAAAAAACGAGAGUUCGCCUUAGGGAGUUGGGAUUUCUGGGACUUUGCUGAAAAAUGGUCAGUUCACCAUCUUUCUUUCCAUCGCUUUUUCUUCUUACAUAUAUUUUUUCCUUACCCUUUAGAUUGGUUUUUGCAUCAUCUCCAUCGCUUACAUUGUGUAAUAAAGUAAUCCAAAUGUCA